AUGCUGAUCAGACAGGCCCAAUCACAAUUACUAACGGUGGACAAAAAGAAAAAAUGGAAUCUAUAUCUAGAUGAAAGUGAUAACUUAUGGAAAUUAAUGAGCCGACUGGAAAAUUCAGAAUUAAUGGGCAAAUAUCCCAUAUAUUUACCGGAUCAUAAUUAUAUUGCCGAUCUUAUUAUUUUACAUAAUGAAUUAUAUCACGCAGGUAUUGCACAUACGUUAUCUGAAUUAAGACGAAAAUAUUGGAUACCGAAAGGAAGAGCUGCUGUAAAACGAAUCAUAAACCUAUGCUGUUAUUGCAUUCGCUGGAAAGCUAAACCGUUUAAACUGCCAGCGAUGCCAAGUUUACCAGAAACACGAGUAAAACGAUCUAGGACCUUCGAACAAGUCGGCCUUGAUUAUAUGGGUCCUCUUUCAGUCAAAUCUUACACUGGUCUAGUCAAAAGAUGGAUCGCACUUUUUACGUGCUUCACUACCAGAGCAGUGCAUCUUGAAAUGGCGGAGAAUUUAUCUGCCGAGAAUUUUUCACAUGUUUUAAGAAGAUUUAUCGCUCGACGUGGAUAUCCAAAAUUAAUAUUAAGCGAUAAUGCAAGUCAAUUUCAACUGGUAUUCAAAAUCAUUAUGGAAGAAAACGCUAAUUUUUUGGCGACAAAAGGUAUGAUAUGGAAAAAUACUAUACCAAGAGCACCAUGGGGUGGUGGUGUAUAUGAAAGACUUAUAGGACUCACAAAAAAGGCAUUAAGAAGAGCAAUAGGAAGAAAACUUCUAAAGGAAGGAGAAUUAAUAACAUUAAUAGUUGAAAUAGAAGGAAGGAAGGAAGGAAGGAAGGAAGGAAGGAGAAUUAACACCCGUCCAUUAACUUAUGUAGGGUUUGAUGACUAUAGAAUUAUUCGUCCAAUUGAUUUUAUAUCACCUAUGGCUUCAUUAGAUCUACCAAUAAAUUAA